AUGCCAGGCACCCCGACCCCGAGUCCGCGCGAGCCCGAGAAGCGGCCGCCGAGCACCCUGGCGCUGCCCGCGCGGAAGCGCAUUCGGCACGAUUCGUUCGACCUCGAGCGCCAGCCGUGCGCGCUGCGGCUGGUGCUAAGCCCUGACUGCGCGCUCUCUGCCGAGCAGGUCUACGAAAUGUACUCGCUCGGGCUGGGCAUCAUUGACGUCUCGCGCGACUACAACAACUUUGCCGCGCUCUUGCGCGCCGACUUCCGCAGCAUCUUUACAGACAAUGCCACGUACCACCGCCUGAGCCGCUUCAUGUGCACCUUCUCGGCGGACCUCGCGGCCGACGGCAGCAUGAGCCUGCGCAUCGCCAACUUUAGCAACAACCCGGUCACGCUCAACGGCAAGCGCCUGCGGCGACGGUCGGAUGACCUCGUGCAGCUCCACGAGCGGGACAUGAUUGUGUUCUUGGCGGACAAGGACAAGAAGCCGCUUGUGGCCUACCGCGUGGAAGACCGGUCCGAAGACGACUCGAGCAUUGGCAUUCUCUUUGCGUCGCCGUUGGUCGAACUCGAUGCGACGGGCACGCCGUCGCCGCUCUCGGAGCUCGACUUUCGCACCGAAUACCACUCGGUGCGGGAUGUCCUCAAGAAGGCCCUCGACAAAUUCCAAAAGUCGCUCACAGAAGACUCGGAAGGCGCUGCCCAAGUCCACGCGGUCCACAAGCCCAUCCACGUCUACACACGGCUGGCGACCAAGCAGUCGUUCCGCGAGUGGAGUGCGUCGGUGACCAUUCUGCACUUUACGGGCCACGGCAACGACCAGUGGCUGUACAUGGAAGGCGCGAUGCCGGGGCCCGCCGUGCCCGUGAGCCCCGCCGAGAUCAUGGAGCUGCUGCCCGACAAGAUGGCGCUGCGGCUCGUCUUCCUCUCGUCAUGCGCGUCGGCCAACAUUGCGGCGGCGUUCUUGGCGCGCGGCGUCAAGCAUGUCAUCGCGACGCAGCCCGCGUCCGAGCUCGAAGACAAGGCCGCGAUCGCCUUUACGCGCCACUUUUACGGCUCGAUUGCCUCGGGGCGCACCGUCCAAGAAGCUUUCGAUGUGGGCCAACGCGCGGUAGCGGUGCUGCAUAGCACGGCCAACCCCUCCGAGGUCGCCCGCAAAUUCAUCUUGCUGCCGGCCGACGGCGACCACGAAGUGCCUAUUUUCCCGCCCAAGGAAAAGCGGCAGCCCCACUCGUUGUCGUCGUCGUCGCUAAGCCUCGAGGACGAUAUGCGGUGUGCGUCGCAGUGGAUGGAAGCCCCGACGCAAGACGAUUCGGUCUUGACGCCAACCACGUCACUCAUGUACCCGACGAUGCUCGAAACCACGUGCACGAACUUUGGCUUUCGCAACUUGGACAUGUACAACGUCUUUGUCUUGCUCGAGACGAACCGUGUCGUGACGCUGACAGGCGCCCAUGGCAUUGGCAAGACGGAGAUGGCGAUCGCGAUCGCACGCUACAUGGACGUUCGCCAGCGUGGCUGGCACCGCGUGCGCAUGGCCUCGAUCGGCGAGCUUCAAAAGGAGGUCCAGAGCGCACCGAAUCAAGACGACGAAGCGUACGCAGCGCGGGUCGCGCAUGUGCUGCUGCAAAAGCUCAACGCGGCCGACGAGAUCUCGGACUGGCCGGCGUUCGUCGUCGUGGACGACUGCGAUCUGCUCUCGGCGCCGGACGCGCUCCGCAAGCGGUUCGAAAUGGCCAUCGAGUACCUCUUGCAGUCGCACCGGUCGCUGCGCAUUGUGCUCACGGCUCAAACGUCGUUUGAGAUGCCUCACGUUGACGCCGCACGCUAUCCGCGGACGACGUACGACGUGCCGCCGCUCUCGCCAUUGGACGCCGCCAACCUCUUUGCCAAGCUCAACAGUCAGCCUAUGGACAGCAAUCAGUACGCGCGCCUGCAGCUGGCCGAGCCCGAGACGAGUCUGACGCCGGCCGAGUUGGCGCAGCUCCUGAGCACGAGCCCGCGCCUUCAGGCUACGAACGGCAACCCGCUCAUGAUCCUCCGGCUCUUCGAAGAGGUUUGCACCGGCAGCGCCGAGAUCUAA